AUCAAUGACCAGUGCAUUGGUCUUCACCGAUGAAGAGAUAUCCGGAUCACAUUUGUCAGCUGCGUGCGUCGCCCUGAUUAGGCUGACUCAAUCAGGAAUCCUCGAGCACAAGAAUCACAGGCCGAGGCUGUACACAAGUGGAGCUGGAUACGGACGGGAAGCGUGAGCAAGGCACACAUUGCGACGCCAAGUGAAUGUAAAUGAUUCGUGCGCAAUCUCUUCCCACAUCAGCAUUUGACUCCUCGACUCGGUACCGAAAGUGGCGUCAACGUCGAGCAGAGCAUGUGCGAUGCAGUUGCAUGGCGUUGGGGCUGUUGUUCGACUCGGAUGCGUCGAGUCAAGGUCCAAAAGGUGAAAUUUGGUUUUGGCAAGUUUUGAGGGCAUUCGCGAGGCGUCUCGGAAGCUUGCCGACGUCGACGUCAGAUCAAACGAGUCCAAUCACUACUAAAAUUCGAACGCUACAUGGUACGGCGGUACACCAUGUGUAUAGCGCGGGACAGCUCCAAGUCCCAAGUGCGUUUCGCUUGCGCUUCACCACGCCUUGCCGUCUCUCCCGUGCGUUCCGCGCUACUCAUCUACUUGAACCAAGCCACCCUGUGCGGUCCUUCUGUGCCGCGCACUCGCACUCACGGAUGGCCUUCUUGGGCAUCAGCGCUGCAUCGGCUCAAGCUCUUCCAUGGAGGCAAAGUGUUGAGAGGAAGUGAUGCGCGAGGUUGGAGCGCUUCUUGAUCGACGUUGUUCGGCUCUCGUUCAGCGUGGUAUCUUCCUUGUCAAUUUGACUUUGUCCCUGAGCAUGAGACGUGUCGGAGACGAGAAGAGCACCAAUUUAUGUAGCGGCGGAGUUCUCGUUCGCAUGUGUUCCGUGCCUGUGUCUCCUCCACUUAUUAUCGGGCAGCCCUCGGUCAUGGCAAUGAAGUCGUUUCAGCGCUCGCAAAUCUGAUGACCGACUGGGGAGGAGGAGGUCUUUGAGCCUUCAGCAAGGCAGUCUCAGAGUCACGAGUGCUCCUCCUAUGGCAGAGAUGACGAGUUGUGUGGUGAGUAACGGCGAUGGCACGAUCAUUCACAGUCAUGCGCAUCCUUCAUCAGUGAG